AUGUGUCUACCCUGGUCCUCGCUGGCGGUAGCUGCCGCUGUCGCCACCUGUUCCAUCUUUUCGGGGGGCCUCACUUUCCAAAUUCAGGCCGGUAACGGGAGGGCCCCUGCGGGGGCCUCAUCCCUCCAUUCGCAGAUUUCAAAGCCCCCCUUCCCGUCUGCCUCGGGAUCGCUCAUGUCCAUGAGCACUUUCCAGCCCACCCCCUACCGGUCCUCGCAGACGGGCCUGUUGUCUGCAGUUGCUGCUCCUCUUGAAGGCGGGAGCGCCUCCUGCGGAGACUCUCGAACAGCCACCGACGCCACUGUGUUGGCAAUGGCCGCAUUCCUGAGAUGCCACAAGCCCCUGCUGAACGAUCGAGGCUCUGAACUGCCCGACGGAAACCUUUGCAUGCUCUUGCGCGGCUGCGAUGCCCAUCAAAGAAUGAUUUCCCCACUGGAGCUCAAGACGAACGCAGAAGCACUUCCUGGGGCAGCCGCUGCAGGCCUCAUGGCUGCCAAGGGCUCUGCAGCAGCCGAGGCUUUGUGCGAGCAACUCAAAGAAAAGAUAAGGGCCCCAGGUGCCCCGGAGGGGGCCCCCCACGGGGUGUGUGCUGUGGAGCUACUGAAGCUGGAGGUCGAAAAGGUGCACCGCCUACUGCAAUACGCGACUGCCGCCGGCUUGAAAAAGAAUUUCUUAAGCCGAGACGCCCUAGUGGUCAUGCGCGAACUCUACGAGGAGCUGGGUCUCGACAGUGACCUCAUCGUAAAGGUUCUGCAGGGCCUGAAGGAAUUCUACAAGGCGGAGAUGGACAAGGCAUCUUUCCAGGAUUUUUUCUUGCCGGCAUUUGAAGAAGUAAUUGCGAAGUUUGACGAGACAAAGCAGCUGGUGCGACAUGCCGAGAAAAUCCCAUUCGAAUCGCUCCCCUUCGAACCGACGCCGGACCCGCGAACGCUUACGCCGCUGGUUGUCGAUAUCAUGAGUUUUAAAGACAAACUGCCUAACCUCAAACAAUGGGAAGGGAAGCAGUGA